CUCUUUUACUCUCGCAGACGGACCCAGUACCGCGUGGUUCACGCUAAUGGUACGACGAAAAGUGAACGUUUCUAUUCGUACCGGAAUUAUUUAGACCUUUAUAGUGCAACAUAGUAAAAUCUCGUAUAAGGAUACCCAAUAUCAAGUGAUUAAUUGUGGCAUUUACAAAGGAGGGCAGAAAGGAAACAGGUGAUGGUCUCGUUAGCUGAAGAAACUUUAGGCCACCAAAAGGCAUAAUGGGGUAUUACCGUUACUAAACUAAGCUCUAGGGACAUCUGUGAUAAAAAAAACUGAAAAUGACCAUUACUUCGCUGGACUUUGUGGAUGGCACAAUUAAAAGAAGAAGAUGUACGCAUAGCAUAAAACGCUAUAUAAUUGGAGCGGUAGCAGUACUAGUAGUAUUAGGAAUAUUAGUAGUAGCUUACUAUACUGGGGCGUUCAAUAGUAGUGAAAAUUCACCGGAGGCACAAAAUGGAAAGGAACCACCACUUACCCCGACUAAUCCAACAAAAUCUCUUCCUCCAUCCAGCUCGAUUUUGAGGGUGUUCAAGAGGGCGGCAGUGUGUGCUGAUUCCGUAGUUUGUGCAUCCGUUGGCAAAGACAUCUUGGAAAAGAAUGGGACUGCUGCUGACGCAGCCAUCGCCACCCUUUUUUGUAACGGAGUCGUCACCAUGCAAAGCAUGGGCCUAGGGGGCGGUUUCCUGAUGACCAUUUAUAAACGGGAUGAAAAGAAAGCGUAUUUUCUGAAUGCCAGGGAAAAAGCCCCGUUGGCCUCUACGAAUGAGAUUUAUAAGAGCAGUGAAAUGACUUCAAGAUCAGGACCACUUGCUAUUGGUGUCCCAGGUGAACUACGAGGCUACUGGGAGCUGCAUAAGAAAUUCGGAACCCUAUCAUGGAAGGAUCUGGUUCAACCUGCCAUAGACGUUUGCAACAAAGGCUACAUAAUGACCAAACAUCAAUAUAUGGCAUUGUUUAAGAACGACCUUAAGAAAUACAAGGAUUCAACUUUCAAGGAAUGGUUUGAAGAGAAGAAUGGCGACUACAAGAAGGUCGGCUCGAGAAUCGUACCAUCGAAACUUUGCAGAACUUUAAGUAUUAUCGCUGACAAUGGUGGAGAUGAUUUGUAUAAUGGCACCCUUUCGAAGAUGUUUUUAGAGGACGUGAAGAAGAUAAAUGGAAUUAUAACUGCAGAAGAUUUACAGCAAUACAAUGCUCAAUGGAUGGAUCCUGUCAGCGUAAAGUUCAGAAACGAGGACACUCUAUAUACGGCACCACCUCCUGGAGCAGGUGCUAUCCUUUCUUUCAUCUUAGGUAUAUUAGACGGGUAUGAAUUUAACAGAACCAGCAUCGAAGAUAUUAAUUCGACAGUACUGACAUAUCACCGAAUGAUUGAGGCUUUCAAAUAUGCUUACGCCAAAAGAACUGAACUGGGCGAUACGAAUUUCGUAGAUAUCAAAAAUCUUUUAUCAAAUCUUACCUCGCCAAAAUACGCAGAAAGCAUAAGGAAAAGGAUUAUGGAUAACACGACUUUUCAAGAUCCCAGCCAUUAUGGAGCAGUGUACUAUCAAAAGGACCAGCAUGGUACCGCUCACAUAUCGAUAAUUGACCAAAAUGGAGACGCUAUUUCUGUUACUAGUUCCAUCAAUAUAUAUUUUGGUAAUGGAAGAGUGUCAGAACAAACCGGUAUUAUCUACAACAGCGUAAUGGAUGACUUUUCGUUUCCAUACUUUAAAAAUUACUUUGGUCUUCCCGGUUCACCCAAUAACGAAAUGAAGCCCGGAAAGCGACCGUUGUCUUCCAUGUGCCCUACCAUCAUUGUGGAUAAAAAUGGAGACGCUAAAAUGGUUGUAGGUGCUUCUGGGGGAACUGUGAUUACGUCGUCUGUCGCUUGGACCAUAAUAAGAAGUCUCUGGUUCGGAGAAAAUAUUAAAGAAGCAGUAGAUGCUCCUCGAAUACAUCACCAAUUGUAUCCAAUGAAUGUGUUUUAUGAAUAUGGUGUCUUGCAGCAAGUUCUUGAUGGUCUAAAAUCCCUUGGCCAUCAAUUACAUCGAAACUUGGCAUCAAUAAUAUGCGGGCUCCGUGUAGUCGACGGAAAAAUCACUGCUAAUUCGGACCAUAGAAAAGGAGGUGAUGUGUUUGGCUUAGUUUAAUAUUUAUUGCAUAUUUUAUGUAAUUUAAUAUUUUAUUAACAAGAUCAUCAGUAUUUUCACAGCAUUUAUAUUAUAUUUUAUUGACUUAAAACAAUAGUGGUUUAUCUCAUUGCAUUUGAUUUUUUUUUUGAAUAUUUUGUACAAAAUGUUGUCCGUGCUUAUAUAUUUUAUAUAAAACAUUAUUUGUUUGUGAUUUGUUUUAAUAAUAACUUAAACAUAUUGAAUAAACGUUUUAUGGUUAUUA